CAGGAAGACCAGGAAGGAAGCAGAGGGGGCGGAUCAGAGGCUGUUGCAGUAACUGGAGAGCAAAGUACAGGGUGGAACUGAACUUCUCCAGUCUGCCGUUCUCUGAAGAGCUUAAAACUUCAUCAAGAUCUAGAAAUAUCAUCUCCCUGAAGAAGAAAGCCCAACGAUGGAAAGGCCGGAGUCCGUAGCGAGUGGCUGCUCAGGGAAGAUACCUUACGUUAAACCGGUGGAAGCCCUGGAAAGGCCGGAGUUCAUAGCGAGUGGCUGCUCAGGGAAGAUACCUUACGCUAAACCGGUGGAAGCCCUGGAAAGGCCGGAGUUCAUAGCGAGUGGCUGCUCAGGGAAGAUACCUUACGCUAAACCGGUGGAAGCCCUGGAAAGGCCGGAGUUCAUAGCGAGUGGCUGCUCAGGGAAGAUACCUUACGCUAAACCGGUGGAAGCCCUGGAAAGGCCGGAGUUCAUAGCGAGUGGCUGCUCAGGGAAGAUACCUUACGUUAAACCGGUGGAAGCCCUGGAAAGGCCGGAGUCCGUAGCGAGUGGCUGCUCAGGGAAGAUACCUUACGCUAAACCGGUGGAAGCCCUGGAAAGGCCGGAGUUCAUAGCGAGUGGCUGCUCAGGGAAGAUACCUUACGUUAAACCGGUGGAAGCCCCGAAAAGGACGAAGUCCGUAGCGAGGGGCUUCUCAAGGAAGAUACCUAACGUUAAACCGGUGGAAGCCCCGAAAAGGACGAAGUCCGUAGCGAGUGGCUGCUCAGGGGAGAUACCUUACGUUAAACCGGCGGAAGCCCUGAAAAGGCCGGAGUCCGUAGCGAGUGGCUGCUCAGGGAAGAUACCUUACGUUAAACCGGUGGAAGCCCCGAAAAGGACGAAGUCCGUAGCGAGGGGCUUCUCAAGGAAGAUACCUAACGUUAAACCGGUGGAAGCCCCGAAAAGGACGAAGUCCGUAGCGAGUGGCUGCUCAGGGGAGAUACCUUACGUUAAACCGGCGGAAGCCCUGAAAAGGCCGGAGUCCGUAGCGAGUGGCUGCUCAGGGGAGAUACCUUACGUUAAACCGGCGGAAGCCCUGGAAAGUGUAAUGUCUGACAGGGCACCAUCACCUGCACCCAGCACAUUAUCUACAGCGAGUGACCACUCACAUGGAAACCCUCCUAACUUCAACAAGCAAGAAAAGAACAUGGAUCUUAGAGAACAGAACCUGGAGUUGAGGGAAAAGAAGCUGGUAGAAAAGCUGGACCUGAGGGAAAAGAACAUGGAUCUUAGAGAACAGAACCUGGACCUGAGAGAAAACAAGUUAUCGGAAAAGCUGGAGCAAUGGGAAAAGAACAUGAAUCUUAGAGAACAGAACCUGGACUUGUGGGAAAAGAAGCUGGUAGAAAAGCUGGACCUGAGGGAAAAGAACAUGGAUCUUAGAGAACAGAACCUGGACCUGAGAGAAAAGAAGUCAUCGGAAAAGCUGGAGCAAUGGGAAAAGAACAUGAACUUGAGGGAAAAGUACCUGGCCCAGAUGGGAAAGAACCUGGCAGAAAGGCUGGGCCAAAGAGAAAAGAGCUUGGAUCUCAGAGAACAGAACCUGGCUGAGAAGCUGAACCUGAGGGAAAAGAACCUGGACUUGAGGGAAAAGAACCUGAACCUAAGGGAAAAGAACUUGAAUAGAGAAUACUUGGACCUGGUGAGCCGGUACAAGAACAAGCUGCAGAAAUCAAUCUAUUAUGAUUUGGCCAAUGAACAGAGCUCCGGUGAUUACAGCUGGGGAAUAAACACACCUACAACAGGGCCGGAUACCAACACGGAGAGCAUUUUCAGCGAGGACGAUGAUGACGACUUAUACGGGUAGAACUCAGUGAACUGAGGUCUGUUUGAAGCUUUGGGUUGGACGGUGAACACGGUACAAAGAUGUGAAGCACAAAUAGAUUCUUACAUACAACUUACAACAUUCUCUCUGUCCGAGUUUCUCUGGCAAUUUGUAAAUGUAAAUGUAGUAAAAAGUGAUAGAGUGGAUUUGUUUAUGCUGGUAUAAUUUUUAUUUUAUUAGACACAGAAACUCCCAGUAGAGCAAUAGAAGUAGUACCACGUGCUGAAAACAGACCAGCCCCAGUGAGCAAGUGCUUGAAGGUAAUGGGGGGUGUGGGUGAGAGUGGUAGUGCGUGAUCCUACCUUUGCGAGGAAGAAGCGAGGGAAUGUAUACAAGUCAGUGUCUUCUUUGUUUUAUUCCUCUUUGUUUGGGUGUAUUUUUAUUGUUUGCUGUAGGGUUUUUUUUUUUAUAAUAACAAUAAUAACUUAUUGUUAUUGUUUUAGUUCUUCCUGUUCUGUCUUCCUGUGUCUAUUUGAGUGACGUGCCUGGUUUUGCCACUGCAUCACGAGCCCUGAAGAAUUCACUCUGCAAGUGAGAUUGGAAGCUGGCGGAAGAGUAUAUUUUUAACUAGAGUAAACAAGUGUGAAUUUUAUUCUGUGACAUUAAUCACUUUGAUAGUAACAUUGUUUGUUUUAUUUUCUCCAAAGGUGCUGUUGGUGGGAUGCUGUCCAGUGUGGGGUUGUGAUAUUUUACAGUGGUUGUGUCGGUGUUUGACUUCACCAGAGUGCCGUGGUUUUACUGCACAGAAGGUAGUUUGACGUGAACCAUUUGUCCAUUUUAUAGUGUUAAACCCUCCACUGGAGUUGCGUGACCACCACAGUGGCCUGGAGACCUUUUGUGUUUUUUUUUUAUUGUCUUAAAUAAACUUUGGUGUUGUUGCCCUCUA